AGGCACCGCCACUGCCCGCAGCUUAAGGCGCAGGGCCGCGGGCGCCCAGGCGCAGAGUCUGUCGCGCCUGGCUGAGCCCCAGACGCCCGAGUUCGGCUUCCCGGCGCCCGCGCCCUCGCCGCGCCGCCCGGCCGUGGUCACCCCAAGCAGCCUAGGCCGUCCCAGCGGUCCCCGGCAGGGGGACGGGAAGGACGCAGAGCGGGCGCCCCAGGCCCCAGAGCGGAGCGCCGCGGAUGCUCGGCCCCGGCCUCGGGCAGCCUGAGCUCCGGCCUGCGCUCCGGGUGUGCGCGCCUCCCCGAGUCCCCGGAGGGUCCCCCCACUUCUCCUCCAGCCCGCGGGAGUCGCUGCUCCUCCGGACUUUGUCGCGGGGCCGUCCGAAGGCUACGGAGCAGCUGCGGGGAGGAGGCUCGAGCUGACCCUUCCCAGUCCCUGCCCGACGCUCGGAAACUUGGCGCUACCUUUCGGGUCUUUGUCUCCCCGGGGACCCCGCACGGCCAAGAGCGCGCCAGGGACCAUGGAGUUCGCGGCGUCUCCCAAGCCCCAGCUCUCCUCCCGGGCCAACGCUUUCUCCAUCGCGGCGCUCAUGUCCAGCGGCGGCUCCAAGGAGAAGGAGGCGGAGAGCACCAUCAAACCCCUGGAGCAAUUCGUGGAGAAGUCGUCCUGCGCCCAGCCCCUGGCCGAGCUGACCAGCCUGGACGCUCAGGGGGAGUUCGGCGGAGCAGGCGGCAGCAGCCCGUCCUCCACCUCACUGUGCACGGAGCCUCUGAUCCCCACCGCCCCCAUCAUCCCCAGCGAGGAAAUGGCCAAAAUCACCUGCAACCUGGAGACCAAGGAGCUGUGGGACAAGUUCCACGAGCUAGGCACAGAGAUGAUCAUCACCAAGUCCGGCAGGAGGAUGUUUCCCACCAUCCGGGUGUCAUUUUCAGGCGUGGAUCCCGAAGCCAAGUAUAUCGUGUUGAUGGACAUCGUGCCGGUAGACAACAAGAGGUACCGCUACGCCUACCACCGCUCCUCCUGGCUGGUGGCUGGCAAAGCUGAUCCCCCGCUGCCCGCCAGGCUCUAUGUGCACCCUGACUCUCCCUUUACUGGGGAGCAGCUACUCAAACAGAUGGUGUCCUUUGAAAAGGUGAAACUCACCAACAAUGAACUGGAUCAACAUGGCCACAUAAUUCUGAACUCAAUGCAUAAGUACCAGCCUCGGGUGCACAUCAUUAAGAAGAAAGACCACACGGCCUCGCUGCUCAAUCUGAAGUCUGAGGAAUUCAGAACGUUCAUCUUUCCAGAGACAGUCUUCACGGCGGUCACAGCUUACCAGAAUCAGCUGAUAACCAAGCUGAAAAUAGACAGCAAUCCUUUUGCCAAAGGAUUCCGGGACUCCUCCAGGCUCACUGACAUCGAGAGGGAAAGUGUGGAGAGCUUGAUCCAGAAGCACUCCUAUGCCCGCUCGCCCAUCCGUACCUAUGGAGGAGAAGAGGAUGUCCUGGGGGAAGAGAGCCAGACCACCUCAAAUCGAGGGUCAGCCUUUACGACAUCUGACAACUUGUCACUCAGCUCCUGGGUAUCAUCUUCUUCCAGUUUUCCGGGAUUUCAGCACCCACAACCCCUGACCGCUCUUGGCAGCAGCACAGCGUCCAUAGCAACACCCAUUCCGCACCCCAUACAGGGCUCUCUGCCACCCUACAGCCGCCUGGGGAUGCCUCUGACCCCAUCCGCCAUUGCCACCUCCAUGCAGGGGAGUGGUCCUACCUUCCCUUCCUUCCACAUGCCGAGGUACCAUCACUACUUCCAGCAAGGGCCCUAUGCUGCCAUCCAAGGACUGCGCCAUUCCUCUGCUGUGAUGACACCAUUUGUAUGACUCUUCCAGAAGUGGAGCAUCUGGAUCCAGAAUGUGCAAGUUAAAAGAAUCUUCAGAGAGGCAAUACUGACCAUAUGACUAACUUCAGUCCAUUUCUACCUAUGGGAAAUGAGAGCCCAUAGAGAAAUAUUUGUAGUGCUGUAGCUUAAGCAUGUUUCAUUUCCUUUAUAUUAGUUCCCUGGGGAAGGAGCUGAGAUCAUUCUGAUGCAUCCUGUUGUGUGGAUGAAGACGUGGUGUUGCCUUCACCAAGCUCUUCUUGCAAUACUGACGGACCUACGCUCAACCAGCUUGGUGUUCAAUGUUGUCUUCUUUCUUCCUACCCCUCUUCCUUGCAGCUACUUGCCAGUGAUAUAGGAAAAAUCUUCCAAAUACAAUGCUGAAGCAAUGGUUGUCUGUGUUCCUGUGCAGAACUGAGGUUUGCAUUCUGCUGACCCAUCCACUGAGAGCACUGCACAGCCUCCACAUGCAGUGCGCGGGGCUUGCUUUCUCUCACAGCCGCAACAAAAAGAUAGCUGUCUUUUUUCCAAAGGAAUUUCCCUGCCGUGGAAGUCAAAGGCCCCUCCAGGUCCCCUUCAGUUUUGGGAAACUUUCUGGAUGUAAAAGUGCACUGGGCCAAAUUCUCAUUUUUGAUAAAUCUGCUUUGUUGCUGCUGCCACUGUCCCAGGGAUUUGAGAAUGACCAUUUCGGUGCUGAGAAAGCCACAAUUUAACAUACGCUCAUGAGCAGUCAUGGACUAUGUAGUUAAUUCAUCCUGUUUUCUUACUGUGUUAUGUUUAGAGACUCCUCUACCAUUUUUCUGAGUCCUUAAUGUGAAAUUGCAUGUUAACUCAGUGACUCCCUGGCUGACACAUUAGCAGUUCUUAUAAGUAAAUUAAAGCUUUAUCCACUUUAUUUUCAACUCAUACCUUCUUAAGCCUUCCUUUAAUGCAUGUAAUAGUAGUCAAUUAUAUUUUAGUUCUAUAUGGUUCUAUAUAACUUGUAUGUUUUUUUUUAGAGCAACAUAUAUCUUAGCAUUUACAAUCAGGGUAGAACAUUUGGUCAUUUGUGACAGUUAAUUUCUCUAAUAAUAGAGACUUAAUGAAGUUAAUAAUCUUUCAACUUUGGACAUAAUGCUUCCCAGCCACAGAAUGUAAUCUGUGUUCUUAGCAAAUUUCCCCAAAACCCUAAUUUAAUUUUUGUAUGUCAUUUCCAUUCUAUUCCUUUCUUACUGCAAAAGUAUCGAAUCUGUUAAAAGAGAUGGGAGAUAUUGCUACUGACAACAGGAGUAUAUUUGGGGGUAAAUGCAAUAUACUUUUCACAUCAGCUCCUGUGGGAUUUUAUUUGGUUAUGUUAAUGUUAGCUUUGUCUAUAUCAACUGCCUUGACUGAGCUUGUCCAGCCUGUGACACAGGGCAUCAUGGCAUACCCUGACUACGUGGUGCUGUUGUCGGAUUUUGCACUUGCCACCUCCACUGAAUCCCAAAGUUUACUUGCAAAGAAGCAUGGAUGUGUUAGCCAAGCAUUUCAAAGUCCUGUGCCAAACACUCAUUUGUAGCUUCCUGCAUGUUAUACAGUAUCCAUGGGUAGUUUGUUUUCAAACAAAGUAUAGAUGUGCAUUUCUUUUAAAAGGCAGUUACAGGCAAUGUUUAAAAUAAAUACCCAUAGAGCUAGGAUAGGGGUUUAAUAUUUAAUUGGCUUGUUGCCACUGCUCCUUUGAAUUCAGCACUGCUGCUUAAAGCAGGAAUAACAAAAGAUGCUUUUUUACAUGAUGCUAUCCAAUACCUUGAUAAAUUCCUUGUCUCCUAAAGUCUCCUAAAGUGAAUCUGUCUGGAUUUUCUUUUCAAAGAGAAUGAAAGGAUUAUUUCAAUCCUAUUUUGACAGCUCUCUCCAUCCGUGUUUACGAGUCUUUUGUUAAAUAUGGUUUUGUACAAGUAUUUCCUGACUAUAUGGCUUUGUUGUGUUUGUUAAGCAACUGGAAACUGAGGUAAGUAGACUUUCCUUGGAGGAGAAAGCAAAGCAUACUCUUGGGAAAAAUCUGACCUGAAAUUCUGAAUUAGGUCUAUAUUUUCAGUGUAGACAUCACCUGCACCAGAGAGAGGAAGCACAAGGGAAAUAGAGCUGAACUGAACCACAGCUGCUGUAGCCAUGGGGACAGGAGCUCCACCCACUGGCCCUUCUGGACUGUGGUGGUUUUCGGUUCUGAUUAACCCCUCAGGAGGGAGGUUAGUGUGUGAAAUUCCAAAGACUGUUGUACCAAAAGGGACUGCUAGAACUAGAUAGUUAGUGGGAAAGCUGACUGAAUAAUAAUAACCACGACUUAUCAUAUAUUUGGAAUAAACUCAGGGUUUUCCCUCUAAGUUUAUUACAGUAUCACAAAAAAUACUGCUGAUGUGCAGCACUGUCACAGGGAGCAGGACCUGCCAGACUCACUUUACUGAACUUUAAUUAAUUCAUAACUAAUUAGGUUCUGCAUUUGUGAUUUGCUUUUAAACAUUUAUCAAUACUUCUAAGUUCACUGAUUUUUAAAAUUAUUUAGUAAAUCUUUCCUCCUCUGCCAACUCUUAGCAGUACAUAAGUAAAAAUACUUAGCUUGCAUCUAAGAUGCCACAAAAGAUUAGGCGAUGCAGUCUAGACUCAUAACUUUGUGUUGUGUUGCUGGCUUAUUUGAGUUGAGAGCACAGGUGCAAGGUCUGUAAGCCCAUCACUCCUACUAGGUGGGCACUGAGUAUGUGGUAUUAAGAAGCCUCCUGAUAAUGAUUCUUCAUCUCACCGAAGUCCUCUGUAGGAGCUGCAUAUUUCAAGGUCUCCCUCCUUCCACCUUGACUCCCAUCUCUGUCAUUUUGUUUCUCCAGCUCCUGCCCUAAACAAAAAUAAAAACAUCUGAGAAACAGUCUUAGAUGUGAAGCAUUAUCGUCACAUCCUGCUUAUGGAUCUGAGAGAGAGCUGUAAGGAUGUUUACCCCAUUUCUGUGCCACACAUGAGCUUUUUUAGGCUGACUAGCUGAAUUAUAUUGAGGAAAAUCACCUUCAAAGUGGGUGGAAUGACUAUCACCCUAUUAAAGUCAUAGAGGUAGUCAGGUGUGAUAGUGCACGGCUGUAGUCCUUGCACUCUGUUUGAGCCCAGCCUAGGCAGCUGAGCAACUUAGCGAGAUGCUUUUCCUCAAAAUACAGAAAGGACUAGGGGCUGAGGAUGUGGCCCAAGCAGCACAGCACCUGCCUGGCAAGCGUAAGGCCCUUAGUUCAAUUCCCAGUACCAAAAAAAAAAAAAAAAAUGCUGGGGAUUCACUCAUUGCGAAGGCUUCAAUGCCCAGUACUGAAAAAUAAAAACACAAAGACAAGCUUCGCAGUGACUCAAUAACUAAAGCUGCAAUUAAUCAGUUCUGUAGUGUACAGGGUAAUAUAUUGCAAGAAAACUAUUUUUAUUCCAUCUUCCAAUGACUAAAUAAGGAAAAUUAUUUUCAUUGUUAAAUGGGCAGGGGAUUGAUAAAUAUUAAAACAAAAUAAUAGUAUGCUUCAAAUCUAGACAAAGCGCUAGAGAGAUUUUCAGCUUACUCCUCUAGAGAACUGUGCCUGAAAGGAGGGUAGGUUUUAUAUGAACUUUUAUAUUGCUUGAGAAGGAAAGGAGUUUUUGUAAGCCAGCAAAGGAAAGGCUAAAAACUCUUAAAACUUUAGAAAAUCAUAAAACUCUUUCUUCAUUUACUAGUCUGGGCCAGCUAUAAAAUAUUCCAAUGCUUAUCUUUCUUCAGCAUGCUUAAAUAUAGUAUUCAUUUAUAAAUAUUUGGUGGGCACAUAAUCCACAAGUAUUUUCCAGCCUUUGUUCUCUGUCUGUCCCUCAAAUAAUUUUAAUCCCCACCCUUUUAUAAAUAGAGUACCCUGGGAACAGGAAAAUAAAAAAAAUUUGUGAGAUAAUACAUCUGGACAAUAAAUAGUACAAUGUGUUGUAUUUUACUUUUGGUACAUUCACAUACUGUAUUUGGUUUUUUUUUUAAUUUUCAGAAACAUAAAAGAGUUCUUUUAUUUCUGAGAGGAUGAAAUUGGAUGUAGCCUCUUUAGCAGACUGUCACAGUUUUUUGUGUGCUGUGUCUUCAUUUGCUUAACGGAUUGCGCGAGAACAGUCACCAUAAUGAAGUGUGUGUCGGGGUUGGGGGGCCGGGCAUGGGAAAUGUUUUAUGGAAAAAACAAAGUUAUAAGCCUAAUACUAUGAAGUAACAUCUAAUGAAGUUCUUUUUAAGUGCAAUAUAUUUAUUUCUGCUAGAAAUGUAUUAUCAACCUUAUGUAAUAUUUGAAGCAUUACAUGUUAUUUGUAAACAGCUUAAAAUUAUAUAUUACUCCAGAUUGUACAGCAGUA